AGAAGGGCCGGGCGGGGCAAAGAGGUUUGUGUCUCCACUUGCCGAGGGAGCUGCAGCCGAGCCACAAAGCCUGCCAUGGAGAUCCCCAAGCGGCAGAAAGCCACAGAGCAAAUAGAUGUGGAUAGCAAACCUUUUCUUCAGUUCAAAGAUGGACGGCAAAACUUCACGGAAACAGAUGCCCUUGAUAAAAGCACCCACCUUUUUGAUCCAGCUGCAGAGUACAAAAUGAACCACAAGAGGAGAGGGCUUGCUUUGAUCUUCAAUCAUGAACAUUUUUACUGGCAUUUAACUCUACCAGACAGACGUGGCACUCUUGCUGACAGAGAAAACCUGAAACGCAGCUUGACUGAGCUGGGAUUUGAGGUAAAGUGUUUUAAUGAUCUUAAAGCAGAAGAGGUGUUGCAAAACAUUCACAACGUAUCCACAGCCAAACAUGAAGAUGCAGACUGCUUCAUAUGCAUUUUCCUGAGCCAUGGCGAAGAUGAUCAUGUUUAUGCUUAUGAUGCUAAAAUAAAAAUACAGACAUUGACCAGCAUGUUCAAAGGAGAUAAGUGCCCAAGUUUAGCAGGGAAGCCGAAAAUAUUUAUAAUUCAGGCAUGUCGAGGAGAUAAGCAUGAUGACCCAGUCUUUGUUGCUGAUACAGUGGACAGCAUAAUAGAGAAAUCAGAUGUCAAUGAAACUGAAGUGGAUGCCGCUGCAGUUUAUACCUUACCUGCUGGAGCUGACUUUCUCAUGUGUUACUCUGUUGCAGAAGGGUACUAUUCUCAUCGGGAAACUGUGAAUGGCUCCUGGUACAUUCAAGAUCUGUGCGACAUGAUGAGAAGGCAUGGGUCAUCGCUGGAGUUUACAGAGCUUCUGACACUGGUUAACAGGAAGGUGUCUCAUCGUGAAGUGGAUGUAUGCAGAGAUGUUAAAGCUUUAGGAAAAAAGCAGAUCCCUUGUUUCGCAUCCAUGUUAACGAAGAAAUUGUACUUUUAUCCAAAAUCUAAGUAGAAUGGUACACCAGUAAACAAUUUUUUUUUUUUGGGGGGGGGGGGUGUCAGAUACAUCUUGAGCUACACAAAGUCUUGUGAUAGAAUUUAUAUAUUAAAACGUUCAAGUAGUGUGCGUAUUUCAGUUAGUUGAAUAAAUUAUACCACCACCACUGACUUUUUUUGGGAAACAGAUUAAAAGAACAUGGAUUUUUUAAAAAUGUUCAACCUAGGGGAUAAAAUUCGAGCUGGCUAUGUAAGGAAAGGCUCAGCACUGAAAAUAGUAUUUCAAAAUCUGAACACCUCUGUGACAUUUCAAUUUUAAACUAUAAAUCUGAAUUUAUUGAUUACAUUGACAGAUUUUUACCAGCAGUUAACACUCUCAGGCUUGAAUAUAUUGUGAGUACUGUAUCUGAAAUUGUUAUAAAUCAGCAUCAUAACAAACCCAGGGAGUUCUGGAAAUUAAAUCACUAGUAACAUUUGGAGUGAUAAAGAAGCACAUGACCAAUUUUUUUGCCUUCUAGUUUGCUUUGUGACUUCUUUAAAAUUUCCAUUUUGUAAUGAAUAUUUUGUACUUUUUUCAAGAUUUUUACAACGUUGUUUUUUACAAUGAAAUAGUGCUUUGGGGGUAAGGGUGAGUCCUACAAUCUAUACCUUCCCCAGAAGCAGCAAAUACAGCAAUGACUGGUUGGACAACUCACAACAAUUGCUGGCACUCUGUUCAUAGCUGGAGACAGUAACAAUCAUGAUUUCGUAUGUAUGUAGUUUGUCUGGGCUUGGCUACUUAAUUGGAUGUUGGAAGGUAUCACAUGUAUGGGUUAAUCCCACUGUAAAGCAGCUACUGUAAAUAUAUUUUAUAUAUGGAAUGUUUAUGAAUCACAGCCUGAAUGAUGACACAUGCAUGGAUAGACUUUUGAUUGUUUAAUAGAUGUUUUGUAGCUCAGAACUGAUAUCCAUACAAAACAGGUAUUGACAAUUAGAAAACUACAUUAUGUAAGUUAUUUUGAAAUGGCCCCGAAGUAAAAUAAACCUUUAAAUAAGAA